AUGCAGAAUCUAUGGUGGAAUAGGCGCAAAAGUCAAGGUCAGAGUCAAAGUCAAGGUAGCAGAUCAGCAAGCAAGAGUGGCAGCUAUGGAUUCGGCAGCCGCACCAGCUUGAAUCAGAGUCGAGGCAGCCGGGGCAGUCAUAGUGUGCGAGGCAGCCAACCCAGGGAGCUGGAGUUCCAGUUCUUUAUACGACAGACUGAGACUUUAUAUUCUCCUUGGUGGAGCCGAGAAGGUGCGAUUGACUGGUUCGAAGACCUGCCUGAUGAUACUCUAUGGAACUGCUACAUCUGCUUCUGUGUACUUCUUGGACUCGUAUGGACGGUCGCGAAACUCACAGGGAUUUACAUAGAAAUUGUGGAUGUUGUCUACAAUGUGUCCUAUGCCAUCCAUGUGUUCGCUAUCGGGUACAAACUGCAUGCGGAACGCGAGAAUAUUGAUGUCACGUUGUUUAUUAGCCACAAUCCAAAUUUUAAGUUGGGUGCCUACUACGUGCGCUUGCAUCGACCUUAUAAAUAUCUGUGGUCUCUAAGCGACUAUAAUUUGAAAGGCAGUAUCCUUGGAACCACUUUGAAGUACUGCUACAUAUUCAUGGUGAUGAGAAUCACUUGGGCUUAUGUUUGGCUACAUGUGAGACUGUUAGAACCUCAAUACUACCUUCCGGUGGUAAAUGCGACAGUAAACGAGACAGUUCUUCCGGGAGAUCCGGAGGCGUUGUCAGAAGACCCGGCCGGGGAGUUCCUUGAAGCUUUCUAUAACACCAGCAAGAUGUUCAUACCUAUUGGACCCUCAGGCUUCCCCUGCAAUGACGUGCAGCGCAUCAUCUGUAUCUUGAUCAUGUUGAGUGGAUGUCUCGUGGUGACUGGCAUAGCUGUCGCCUCCCUCUCCCUCAUCAUCAGCCUCUACAUGAGACCUGAAGAGACCUUCCGAUCUCGAUAUAGGCUCAUUAUGAAGGAGAUGAGUGAUACGCGGGUCCCGCCGACACUUCGCCAAAAAGUGGAGACGUUUUACAAGAUGUACUGGCACAAGCAACGAGCUGUGUCUAAAACGCAGCUACUCCCGACUUUUCCACCAACACUGCCUACUACCAUCAAUCUUGAUAUUUACUUUGAAUCUACUCAAAAAGCUCGGAUUCUCCGUGAACUGUCUUAUCAGUUACUGUCGGAGCUCGCGAAGAAGAUGGAGACAGUUCACUAUAUCCCUGGAGACGCCAUCAUCAAGCGAGGGUCUAAGAAAUCCAAAAUUAUUUACAUUACUUACGGAGAUGUUGAAAUGCUGACAGCCGAGGAUGAUAAUACGGCCAUUCUGCGCAUGACCCGUGGCACGGUCCUGACUCCGUGCGGUGGUGCAGCCUCAGCAGCGCUCAGCGUCUCUCACGUGGCAGUCCGUGCUGCUACCUUCUGCACGGCUCAUGUCCUCAGUGCCACGGAGCUAUGGAGAGUGGUGCAUAGGCACUCCGUCACCCACAAGAGCAGUAUUCUGCAAUUCAAUCGCAAUUUGAAAGCGUUGAAGAGCAUGAAGGAUGCCAGCGGCAAGCCUGUGCUGGCCAGCGCAGACAUAUUCCUGGAGAUUGCUGGCUGUUACAUUAUGAGAAAUCGCCCCGAUGUGACGCUCACGGAUCAAGCCGACGAGAUCUGUCUCCGGCCCAAGUUCCCCUGCAUCCUGCAGCCAACCUCCUCACUUCUGUUUGCGUGGAAUGUUUUCAUAGCCUUUCUCAUAUUUCUCUGCUGCAUCAUCCAUCCAUACAACUUGGUGUUCGAAAAAGAACCGACCAUGGAGUUCAGGUGUUUUGACCAAGCUGUCACCGUCGCGUUUAUAAUAGACCACAUCACUUACCUUUCCACGGGGGCUAAUGUUGAAGAAGGUGUUCCGAUCACGUUCACGCAGACAUCUUCCCAGCAGAUGCGCAGUCACUGGUUCGUGCUGGACGUGGUGGCCACGCUGCCAGUCUUCGAGUUCGUCGGUGACGGUCACUUUGCUGGCAUCAAUAAGAUCCUGAGGAUACCAAAGCUGUUCCGUGUGCUGAAGACCAUCGAGGAAAGCUGUGGUUACCGCAGCCACGUGCUCCGGUUCCUGUCGUACACGCUGCUGCUGCUCAUCGCGUGCUACGUCAUCGCUUCUAUGCAGCAGGCCUUCAUGUGCUUUCAAGCUGGUUAUUGCUUAGUAACCAACUUCACACAUUCACCAUUUUGGGAGAAGAAGCCACUUGACGUUGAGACAAUCGACAGCAGGCUGACCUUCGGACUUUACUGGGCUAUGUCUAUGAUCAAUUUUACAAAUCACAGGCAGACGACGACGAACGAUUGGAAGCACAUAGUUUACUCGCUGGUCAUCUUGGAGAUGUGUAUCGUGCUGCGAAUCUUCAUGGAAUCUGUCUACUCUGCUACCAUUAUGGUCACUACGGCCUUAAGGGAGGAUUACGGUUCCCGUAUAGCCACGGUGAAGAGUUUCUUGAUCAGAAACGAAGUGGAUCCCCUGCUGAUGAAGCGGUUCAUUACAUAUCUUCAGCUCUGUUGGCACACUGAUAAGGCAUACAAGAUGACACACAAGAAGCACUCGACAAUAUUCUACGAUCUUCCAGAACACGUGUUUCAGGAUAUUGUAGGCAAGGACCGCAGCAAGUACAUACUGGCCAUACCAUUCAUGAGGCUGAUCAAGAAAGACGAAUUGAAACGCGUCAUGUCAGCCGUGAAGCUAUUCUACUGCUCGCCCAACGAGAUCCUGCUCAACACUGGAGAGCUCACCAACGAGAUCUAUGUCAUCAAAAGAGGAAUAUGCGAGAUUCUCGACCCGGAAACAAAGGAGCCAAUUGGUCACUUGACUGCAAAGAACCAUUUUGGUGCACUCAUAUGUUUGUUACGUCUGCCCGCGUAUAACACGAUCCGUGCAGUGACUCAUGUCCAGGUGAUGUGCGUACCCAGGAAGGUGUUACAGAAAUCCCUGAACACUCCGCAAAUAAGACAAACGAUUUUAUACCUCAGGACUACUCCGGAGUUUCAAAGGCUGCAGACGCCGGUACCUGCCUUCAUAAAGUACGUGCCACCGCCAAAAACGUCGAACCUCAUGCAUUUCAAGUUACCUAGGAAACAUGAACCCGAUUCGGAGUUCCUCAAUCCUUUCGCCAGGAUGGGCUUUCUUUCUAUCUUGCGUUACGUGUUCCCCCGCUACACGAUCCGUCCGGACGGCACGUACAUGGCUCGCUACGAGUGGUUCCGCUUUGCCUGCUCACUUUGCUCCAUGCAGCUAUUCCCUCACUACACAUACCUGGUGCUGCAGUGGCCCUACCUCUACUAUGUCUCUCUCUUCCUCGACAUGGCGGCUGUUUAUGAUAUUUUUCAACGCAUGCUGAUUGGCUACUUCAACGAAGAUGGGAUCUUGGUCUACCACCCGUCCAGUACUUCUUCAUACUACAUGAAGGGAGGUUUCAUUGUGGAUGUAUUUGGGUGCCUCCCUCUUGAAAACUUGGAAGCGGAUCGCUUGGAAGUUUACGAAAACAAAUUUCGCGCGUCUCCAACGAAGCAGUUCCUGAUGCUGAAUCGGCUGCUGCAGAUGUAUCGGAUGCCAGGCGCCAUGAUGAUGCUGAAGGAGUACAUCGAAAGACCGGACAUUCUUUUGGUGUUCCAAGCAAUACCUCUGUUCAUGGCUAUGCUGAACAUACUGACGAUGUUCAUGGUGUUUUACUCUGUGAAGAUAUAUUACAGCAAGGAGAAGGGCCGUUACGAUUGGACUAUUGAGCCAUUCGAUGACCAAGGAGUGCGAUUCAAUAUGACCGCAACACCAUGGAACCUGCACUUGGCGACGUAUUUCUGGGUGGUUUACGAAUGCACUUCCACUGGGUACGGCGUAUUCAACCCCACAAACCAAAGUCUGAUGAAAGUGCUGAUCAUUGGCAUGGCUUGCAGUGCAAUGAUACUCACAUACUACAUGGUACGCAUCAUCAGUGUUCGGGCGAAUGUCAACAAGUCUUUGGCUGGUUUCCAACAACACAUGAAGGAUAUCAACGUCUACAUGGCCAGGGAGAAGUUGGAUAUAGAACUGCAGAAAGAACUCCGACGUUACUACGAGUAUAACUGGGAGAAGAUGGGCGGUAUCGACUACCGAGGAGUGCUCAAACUGUGUGACCAGAUUACGCUAAGGACUGACGCCAUACUUCACAUAUAUGGACCUACCUUUGCUAAGUGUCCAUUGCUAGCAAAUGCCGAUGUCUCCCUGCUGCGCAUCAUUGGUCGCGCAGUGCGCAGCGUGUACUUCCUACGGGACAUGAAGAUCAUAGAGCACAACGACAUGGUCACUGACAUGUACUUCGUAGACUACGGAGGAGUGGAGAUCAGGGUCAGGACGGGCGAGAUGAACUCCAUCUUGCGGCUACCGAGGGGCAGUGUAUUUGGCAAUCUGGAAGGUAUGAUGAGCCAUAAGAGUCCCCAUAACGUGGUGGCGACCAGCCGUCUUCAUCUUCUGAUGAUUAAUUCAGAAGCUUUUUCCAACGUCACGAAGGACUUCCCAGCGGUGAAGGAACUGAUGGCCAAGUCUAGAGCACCAGAUCCCAAAUCGAAGGACAAAGAAAUAAAGGCCACGGUGUACAAAUGCUUGCGUAUGCGCAACGAGAGUAUCACCGUCAACCUGACCCUCACGACCAUAUUAGCGGUGUUCAUCUGGUUUACUCUGUUCGUCCACACCACGACCUGCAUUUGGUUCUUCAUGGCCGUGAUGGAAGAUCAGAUCGAACCCAACACCUCCUGGAUACAUCUUGAUGACGGGUCCGACCACUGUGAAAAUUAUUACCUCUGCUCAUUGUACUUCGUGAUCACGACGUUCACGCAAAAUGGUGUCGGAGACAUCAUGCCGAAGAAACAGUCCGAGGUGCUGUUCGUGGUUGUCCUCCAGAUAAUAUCGACGAUGGUGUUCAUGAUGUACGUAGGCGAACUCUCCAACAUCAUCCAGUAUACCUCCUACCGCUCCUUCAGCUUCUACAGCAAGUACCUCGAGUUGCAGGAGUUCAUGAAGAACAAUCGGGUUUCUGAAAACCUGGUUACCAUUGUGAACAAGUACACCUUGCAUCUGUGGCGGGAGAACCGAGGCUUGCAGAUUCCUCACUUCUUGAAGCAUGCGCCACUCUCCUUGCGGCUGAGGGUCAUGUCAGCAGCAUACUUGCAUCACAUCACCAGGCAUCACAUUUUCGAAGAGUGUGAACCAGCCUUCCUCAGGCAGAUGGUAGGCUGCCUGAAGUUGUACACUUAUAACGAAGGAAUGUACGUGGUGAAAGAGAGCGAGAUCACGGACGCCAUGUACUUAAUCCACACGGGCAAGGUGAAGGAGACCUGCGAGGAGAUGGACAUCAGCGCCAGGGUCUACCCAGCCGGCUCCUACUUCGGAAUUUUGCAGGGCUUAUUGCGUAACACACCAUAUACCCAUUCAUAUCAAACAAUGAUCAAGUCUCAAGUGCUUACUCUGCAACUGGACGACUGGGAAUACUUACUGAAACACUUCCCAGAUAGCAAGAAUGCCAUACACAAACACAUGAGACAGUUAGGCGACAAAGAUAUGGACCAAAGUAAUUGGCCUGGAGGUGCCCCGAUGCCAGAGAGACCUCUUUUCGAUUUUACACCCGAAGCAGAUUCAAUUGUACCACCAGAGUUCUCAACUGAACCGGGAGCAAGUUUAUUUCCUAGCACUACAAGGCAUUUUGGAAGAGACUCCGCAUCGGAACCUCAAGAGGGAACUCCUCAGGGUGCUAAAGGACAUUCAAGGUAUUUUGCAUGGCCUACUGACAGCAGAGAACCCGAUACACCACUACUGAGUCGCGAGGAGCAUGAAGAAGAACAUGAAGAAGCGAAGCCCAAACUGGGAUUUUUCGGAAAAAUUUUUGGCACUGCCAAGAAAUUAAUGGGUAGAGUAUCUGAUCUUGAAGCAUUAAGUGCAACCAGUGAUGACAGGGACGAGCUGUUACUUGAGGAAGACGUGGAAGCAACUGAAGCUUUGCUAAAGCAGUUUGAAAAAGCAAAGAAACAAGAAAAAGAUAAAAAGAUAAAUAGAGGUCGCAGAAAAAGUAUGUAUCUAGUGCAAGAAGAAGACACUGAAAAACACAUGCUCACGCUAGAUAUGGAGGAAUCCACAGUAGAUACCCUGGAAAAAAAAUCAUCUCAGCAGUUUACAAUGCUUCCUAUUCGAAUUCGUGAUGACGAUACUGCAGGGCCAUCAACAGAAAAAUUAGAAACCCGCGAGAUACUUGGCUUAGGCCGUCAUAAAUCUAGAGUAGAAGCACAAUCCGAAGUACAACUUACCAUGGAAAUGUUGGAUGGUGCGACUGAUGAAACAAUUACGGAAACACCCGAAGCCGUCGUGGCAACUGCUCCAUCCGCAAUAUCCCACAUUUCGGAAAGGCCUGCUGCUGUAGAUAAACGUGCCCCAGAUAGGAAAGCACAGCAAAGUGGAAGUUCCACUACGAUUGGUGAGACUGAUCAGCAAAAUUUACCUUUGGAACUUUUUUAUCCUGGAGCUGUACCACAAGAAACAACGCCAAUGCCUGUACCACAAGACACAACGCCAAUGCCUGUACCACAAGAAACAACGCCAAUGCCUGUACCACAAGACACAACGCCAAUGCCUGUACCACAAGACACAACGCCAAUGCCUGUACCACAAGACACAACGCCCAUGCCUGUACCACAAGACUCAACGCCCAUGCCUGUACCACAAGACUCAACGCCAAUGCCUGUACCACAAGACACAACGCCAAUGCCUGUACCACAAGACACAACGCCAAUGCCUGUACCACAAGACUCAACGCCAAUGCCUGUACCACAAGACUCAACGCCAAUGCCUGUAAGAUCGUGGAGUGCAAGUUCCAGUUCAAUUUCUACUGUUCGUAUGGCUGAUACAAGCCUGUAUGAACCAGAAGCUGACGUGCCUGUGGUACCAAUAACAACGUUAUUACCACCUCCUACAGCAUCAGUACCUGAUCUUACAACACAAUCCUACCAUACUUUGCCAUCGGCUAUAAACAAAAUUACUACUGAAUCUGCACCAGAAACUAGAACUCCAUCAGGUACUAAAACUCCAACAGAAACUAAAACUCUAACAGAAACUAAAACUUCAACAGAAACUAAAACUGCAGAAGAAACUAAAACUGCAGCAGAAACUAAAACUGCAGCUGGAACUAAAACUACAACAGAAUCUAAAACUCCAAGAAGAACUAAAACUACAGAAGAAACUAAAACUCCAACAGGAACUAAAACUGCAGAAGAAUCUAAAACUCCAACAGAAUUUAAAACUCAAAAAGAAACUAAAACUGCAUUAGAAUCAAAAACCGCAGCAGAAACUAAAACUGCAGAAGAGACUAAAACUGCAGCAGAAUCCAAAACUCCAACAGAAUCUAAAACUCCAAGAAGAACUAAAACUACAGAAGAAACUAAAACUCCAACAGGAACUAAAACUGCAGCAGAAACUAAAACUCCAACAGGAACUAAAACUGCAGCAGAAACUAAAACUCCAACAGGAACUAAAACUGCAGCAGAAACUAAAACUCCAACAGGAACUAAAACUGCAGCAGAAACUAAAACUGCAGCAGAAACUAAAACUCCAACAGGAACUAAAACUGCAGCAGAAACUAAAAGUCCAACAGGAACUAAAACUGCAGCAGAAACUAAAACUCCAACAGGAACUAAAACUGCAGCAGAAACUAAAACUCCAACAGGAACUAAAACUGCAGAAGAAUCUAAAACUCCAACAGGAACUAAAACUGCAGCAGAAACUAAAACUCCAACAGGAACUAAAACUGCAGCAGAAACUAAAACUCCAACAGGAACUAAAACUAAUUUAAAACUCAAAAAGAAACUAAAACUGCAGCAGAAUCAAAAACCGCAGCAGAAACUAAAACUGUAG